CUGCAGUUGUUAUGUUGUAAUUGUUAGGAGUGGAAAUAUAUUCAAACGCCUCGCUCAUUUAUCGCCAAUGGCGUGGAAGGUGUGUCCAAGGUAUUUUGGCUUUUUCUCUUUUUGCGGUCACGACUUGUUAAGCCUAUCUGAUCUACAUCGAUAGUUGACGCGAAUGUUUCCUGUCGAAAAAAGAAGGCUUUCUGAUAUUAUAUCGGGGAUAAGAAAAGGAAUGAAACAGGGCUUGAUAUUUCAAAGAAUAUACAUAUCCUGUUAUACUGUAAGGAGUACAGAGAACAGUGGAAUGUCUGCUGUGUAAUGCUACAACACAUCUUGGACCCGUCCCCGUCUACGGAAUAGUUAUGGCUUUACUAAUUUUCUUCAGCAUCGAGAUCUUAAUCUAUUGAUAUGUAAGUCAGAAGAUUUGGGUCUCUGGUCAAAGGAGAGAGUUAAAAUCGUGCUUAGGUGUAAGAUUUCGGCCAUCUGUUCCAGUAUUUUCGGAAAUAACAUCUUUGACAAUGCCAACGAUCUUGCUAUAGAAAACGGCCAUUCUAUUAACAUUAUAGGAACCAGCUGCCGGUAUCUUCCAGACUUUAUAGAAAUAAAUCCAUUUUAUUGCUGUCGUCUGGCUUCAGAAGUCUAAACUAUCUCUCAAACUGGAUAAUAAAUUUAUCAGAGGACUCUGUUUAAACGAAUUAUCUUUCAACAUAGAGAAUUCAAACCUAAAGAAAGUUCAACUGGUUUCAUUAAAACAAAUUUAUAAAGCAAAGAAACAAAUAAAGAAUUAUGUUAGAGUCACACCAUUGGAAUAUUCUCCAUUCUUGUCUAAAAUGGCAGAAGGUUCUCAUGUAUAUAUAAAAUGUGAAAACUUGCAGCGUACAGGGUCUUUCAAAGUACGUGGUGCCUUUAACAAGCUAUGCUUGCUUAAAGAAUCUAAUCCUGAUAUUUACAAAAUAGGAGCUGUGGCAGCAUCAACUGGUAACCAUGCUAUGGCUUGUACUGAAGCUAUGAACCAACUUGGAAUUCCUGUUCAUGUAUUUGUCCCAGAAACAAUUUCCCCUUCAAAACAUGAGCGCUUAAUUGCAAACAAAGCUUCACUCACUGUUUUUGGAGAAGAUUGCAUGUAUGCAGAGAAUGCUGCUCGCAAGUACUCAGAAGAAAAGGGAAUCCCAUUUAUUUCCCCUUAUAAUGAUAUUGAUGUCAUUGCAGGCCAAGGAACAAUAGGACUUGAAAUAUUUGAAGAACAACCUGACAUUGAAAAUGUCUUUGUACCUGUUGGAGGUGGUGGCCUUAUUGCUGGCAUUGCUGCAUAUCUAAAGCAAGUAAAUCCAAAUAUAAAAGUGAUUGGUUGUCAACCACGAUUAUCUAAAGUGAUGUAUGAGAGUAUCAAGGCCAGUACUAUAAUAUUUGAAGAAAGUCAAGAAACACUCUCAGAUGCCACCUCAGGUGGAAUUGAAGAGAAUUCAGUGACUUUUGACCACUGCAAUGCAUUUGUUGAUGACUGGAUUCUAGUUGAAGAAGAAACAAUUGCAAAAGCUAUUUAUUUUAUGCUUUCCCAACAUCAAAUGGUUAUUGAAGGGGCUGCUGGAGUUUCUCUUGGAGCAUUUAUGACCAAUGCUUCUCGGUUUGCUGGUCAGAAAAGCGUUAUAGUCGCCUGUGGUGCCAACAUUUCCAUGACUAAACUAAAAGAUAUCAUUAACACAUCAAUAUAAUGGAAUAAGGGAUAGAAAAUGAACAUUUUGUAACCAAAAUUUCUUUUAGAUUUUAAUCAAUAAUUUAGAGAUAUGACACAGGGUUAUGUUUAAACGUCCAGCCAAAGCAGUGGACUUGAAUCCCCUAACACUACAGCAUGCAAAGAUUAACAUAAAACCUCAGGCAACUUCCCUGUGUCUAUAUGCCCCUUUAAGACAACACUGAUUAGAUAUUCUUCCUCACUCUUGGUGGCCAUCAGCAAUGAUGACCCAGUGCUUGCUUGGAGGUCAAGUGUUAUUGGUAUAAGGAUGACAAAUUUGGAUUUGUUAAAAUCUCACUAGCUUUCUUCUGAAGGAAGAGUUUAAAAGAAAAAAAAACCAAAUUUCUCUUCCUUAAAUUUGGUCUUUGAGUCUGAACUUUGGCAUUCCACUGGUCAGAAGAGAGGUGCUUAUUUUCUUUCACCUUUUCAGGGUUGAUAAAAUUAUAAAAAUAUUUUGGGGGCCAAUUCAAUCAAUUACACUCUGAACUGGGUUCAGAGUAAAUCAAUUGUUUUUCUGAAAAAAAUAAAAAUUUGUUUUGCAGUCGCUUUUUUCUCUUGAUUUUCUAGCCAGCUCAACCAGCUGGUCUCAUUUUGUCUCACGGUACAUUAUUAUAGGCAAGUGUCUUUUACUAUAGCCCCAGGCUGACCAAAGCUUUGAGUGGAUUUGGUAGAUGGAAACUAAGACUUGUGUAUCACUCUCCUUGCAUUGAUAUUGGUUUCAAAUUUUGGUACAAGGCCAAUUUUGGGGGCAGAGGGUAAGUCUAAUACCUCAACCCCAGUGUUCAAUGGGUACUUAUUCUUUCAACCCCAAAAAUAUGAAAAGUAAAGUUGACCUCACCAGAAUUUGAACUCUGAAUGUAAAGACAAAAUACCACUAAGCAUUUUGCCUGGUGCACUAACAAUUCUGCAAGCUCACCACCUUUCUCCUUGCCUUGAUACGGCAUGAUAGUUGUUAGUGUCACCAUCAUAUAAAGUGUCCUUCAUUCUCUAUCUUCCUUAAAAAUGCAUCUGUUCAUGAGAAAUAUGACCUUAGUUGGAAACAGGAGAGGCUUGGCAACAAGAAAAGCAUUAAGUCAUAAAAAAAUCUGUCCAACUCAUGCAAGUAUGGAAAAAUGAACAUUAGAAUGACAAUGAUGAUGCAUUUCUCUAACAAACUGGAAGUCUUAAUUUUUACAAAGACAUUAAGAUUUAUGUAACAUUUCUAUUCUAGAAAUUUCAAUCUCCAAGAAGAAAAAGAUACUUUGCUAGAUGCUACACAUGCUAAUGUGUACAGAUGACUUGAGAGAUAAGCUGCAUAUAAGAGGGAUAAGAUGGAUUUUGCAAGAGAGAACACAGGGAUAAAAUCUUAUGUGGACCUUGGUUGUGAACCACUGGGAUAGAUCAUGGUAGUUGUAUUAAAAAUAUAAAAGGCCAGGCACUCAAAGUGGGUGAUGCAUGUGGAAAGGAAUCUAAGACAAGGGACAAAAUGGUGAAAAGCUAUCUCAAAAAGCUGAGCCACACAAGAGAUGACAAUUUGUGACAGAGUGGCUGAGAUGCUCUCACAAUAUUAAUUCACCACCCCCUUCCCUUACUGACCCUAAUCCCCCACCCAAACACCAUCUCCCUCUUGCUUUCACUAACCCUGUCCCAACAGUUUGUCUCCACAUCACCUUUUCAUACCCUUUUAUAUUCAUCCUUAUAACAGACUAAAAAUGGAUCCUCCUACUCAACCCACCCCAUUUACCACAAAUUUCUUUCCAUCAUACUUUAGCUUAACACCUAUCUCAAGUCAUCACUUGAUUACUUCACUAAUACUGAUAUUAAAAAAUGCCCCAGUAUACAGUAAAGUGGCUAGUUUUAGGAAGGGCAUUCAACCACAAGAAACCAUGCCACUAUCAUUCAUAAUUCAGUUAAAAAAAGUAAAACAAGCCGUCAAUCAAAGGUAAAAAUGGCUUGAUAACAUGUACCUCUCUUUCAGUUUUAGCUGCCUAAAUAGCCAUGAACCAAUGCAGACAAGCAUUUUCAGCCUUGAUUUAACACAACCACCAGUAUCUGACACUGGAAGGGAUAGACAGUACUAAAUUAGAGCGAUGUGAAAUGAAGUGCCUUGCUCAAGAACUCAACAUGCCAGGCAGUCUAAGAAUUGAACCUUUAUGAUUAUGAGCCAAACACCUAACCACUAGGCUAUGCACCUUCACUUUGAAAAUGAGACAGGUCACAGAUUUGACAAAGGAAACUUGCCCUCUCUUCUGACAAUUUUACUCAAAUACCUUAUUUUGUGGCAUGGUGCACACACUGAUUUUAAAAGAAGUUUUUAAAUUUUUGUCCUUGUUCACAUGAUUAGGCAGUGCCCAGACAAAAUUGGUGGGAAAACCAGUGGAGUGUUGAUAUCCAUCAAUCACCAAACAAUAGCAAUCUACCUGAUUGUUUGCCUCCAAAAAUUAUCGUAGUACAACAGUAUGAUCUUUGUCUAAUGAUUACUCAUGCAACACACUAUGGUGAUCGUAUCACUGCUGGCUGGAACUGAAAAUGGCUUGUGAAGGCCUGGUAAGAAAUUAACAGUUCUUGGUACAGUCAAGCUGCCCAACCCAUGCCAGCAUGGAAAACAGCCGUUAAAAACAAAAGAAAAAUUAUUUUCACAAAAGAUAGCAGUCACACCAGUCCUAAGUAAACAUAACAGCAAGAGUAAUGUAGCUGCAGUAGUGUUUAAAAACUGAUUUUUAUUUACUGAGUAACUGUAAUUAAUACUAGCAAGAGAUCAAUCAAAAUUUGAGUUACCUACCCCUACUUUGUUUUUUAACAGUUUAAUCAGAUUGAUGUUUCAACAAGUGGGAUGUAUAGUUUACUACAGAAUGGAGUAUAAGUAAACAAGUGAAUAAAACUUGCAAUUUGGAAGGGGGGAAAACUCCCCAAAAUUCCUUAAGUCCUAAGCUAGAGCCCCAUACUAAAUGCAGUUUAACCCUUUAGCAUUUAAACCAGCCAUAUCCAGCCUAAAUAUUUACUUAUUUUAUAUGUUCAAACAAACUAGAUCUGGCCUCUUACACCUGUUCUACACUAUCACUUUUAAAAUAAACAAUCAUCAAAAUCCUGAAACCACAAGAUAAUUGCAUGAUUAAUUUGAAACCAUGUGAAUAAAUAACCACUGCAGAUUAAAUGUUAAACAGUUAAUGACUUGUGCAGAUAAGAUAUACCUGAAACGAGACAAGACGUUCACAGCUGAAAUACCUGUUAGUCUGUCCAAUCAGGCCUGACCUGAACUCUGCAGGACCUCUAACUUUCUAUCGUCUCCAUCAUCAUCAUUUAACAUCCAACUUUCAUGCUGGAUGGAUUGGAUAGUUUGAUAGGAUCCAAGCCAGAGGGCUGCAUCAAACUCCUGCCUGAUUUAGCAUAGUUUCUGAGGUUGGAUGCCCUUCCUAAUGUCAACUACUUUACAUCAUGCACUGACACUUUUUUUUUGCGACACUGUAACCAAGUAACUUGCAAAGCAAAGAGAAAGGGAAAAGCUCUCUCAACUAAGUGGGUUUGUAGAAGAGGUGGAGGUAACUUUUGUGCCAGGUGUUAAGGUGCUAAAGUAUUAUACAGGGACAGGUACAAGUGCCUUGUUAUAAAGAUACAGUCAUUCCACAAUAUAUAAGUGUAGCUGAAAAGAAGAUGAAGAUGUUGAUAACAAGGUCUCAAGGUACAAGAUAGGUUGAGAGAGAAUAUGGACUGAGGAACAGGAAGGAUGGGUGGAUAAAUCCAUACGGAUGUGAGAGGAUAGAGACAAAUGGUUAGAGAUGGGUGUAGAGGUAAAUGUAGUGAAUGAUGUACAAGGGUGGUGGUGUGGUCAAUGGUUAAAUAUCAGUAUGGUAGAAGAAAUAGCUCAGGAAGGUGAUUAAGUUGCAGACUUUAUGUUCAAACUGAAUUGAGGUGAGAGCAUUAAUUACAGAACAUAAUCACUCAUUAAA